GAUUUCGCGAAGCGCCGCCUUCUUUCUUUUCGGCCUUUGGGCGCCAUCUUGCAGGUCCCCGGAGGAGUUCGGCUGCUCCUCUUUUUCGUCGGGUCCGUGAUCAGUCAAGAUGACAAACACAAAAGGAAAGAGGAGAGGGACCCGUUACAUGUUCUCAAGACCCUUUCGCAAACAUGGUGUUGUCCCUCUUGCUACCUACAUGCGAAUCUAUAAGAAGGGUGAUAUUGUUGAUAUUAAGGGCACAGGGACAGUUCAAAAAGGCAUGCCCCACAAAUGUUACCAUGGCAAGACUGGAAGAGUAUAUAACAUUACUCAGCAUGCUGUGGGCAUUAUUGUGAACAAGAAGGUUAAAGGCAAGAUCCUUGCUAAGAGAAUCAAUGUGCGCAUUGAACACAUUAAGCAUUCCAAGAGCAGAGACAGUUUUUUGCAGCGUGUGAAGGAAAAUGAAAGAAAGAAAAAGGAAGCAAAAGAAAAGGGCACUUGGUUUGAGUUAAAACGCCAGCCUGCACCUCCAAGAGAAGCUCACUUUGUUAGAACUAAUGGCAAAGAGCCAGAGUUGCUGGAACCAAUUCCUUAUGAAUUCAUGGCAUAGUGUGUAUGAACAAAAUAAAAUACCUUGAAAAGGACUGAAGUACUUGUUUGCAUAUUCAAAAUUAUUAUUUCUGAAUUGAAAGUUCUGUAUUCCUAUUUAUGUUAUAAUUCAGCAUACAAUUAAUUAUGGGCAGAAACUAUCACCUAAGAGACAGCUAUUUUUCUGUGAACCAUGAAUUACUCGUAUGUUAAUACCCUGCAGUUAGUUUUUAUAAAUAAACAGGAAUAUUCUUACAAUUAA